AUGCUGCGUUUGUCUCGCUCAGCGGCGCCUCGCACAGCGGCACCUCGCAACUCUAUUAAUGUAUGGAGUGUGCAAUGUCGGGAUUGCCUCAAGUGGAGGAUAAUUCCAAACCAAGAAGAGUACGAGGAGAUCAGAAGAAAAUUUGUUGAAGAUCCAUUUGUCUGCAGUAAAAAAUCCAACGUCUCUUGCAAUGAUCCUGCUGAUAUGGAGUAUGAUAACUCACGUGUCUGGGUUGUUGACAAGCCAAAUCUGCCCAAAACUCCUCCAGGAUUCCAUAGAGGAUUGGUGCUGAGGAAAGAUUUUUCAAAACUUGAUUGUUACUACAUUGCUCCCAAUGGUAGGAAAUUGAGGGCAGGCACUGAAGUUGCAUCAUUUCUGAAAGAAAAUCCAGAGUAUAAGGAUUUGUCUACCUCAGAUUUCAGUUUCUCUGUCCCAAAGGUCAUGAUGGACACUGUUCCUGUUGAUGCAGCAAAGGUGGAGGUAAAGGUGGAAUCAAGUGGUGGCAGUAAAUGA